AUGGCCGCGGGGCUCCAUGUCGGGUGCGCCGACUUGAGCAGCGCCGCCGCGCCGCUGACAUGGGGGCACGCCAUGGAGGUCCCCGAGAGGAUGUUGAACUCGGUCUUCCGGUCGUCCAUGUCCAGCCCCGUGGGCCCGACGGCGUCGGUCCAUGCCGCCAGGAUGUUGACUCCCGGAGCGAUCAGGUCGGGCUUGAGCACCGCUGGAGAGAGCCCGUUCGGCCCCCGGCCGGAGAAGGACGCCACCAAAGGCGCCGGCUUGAUGCCGAUCAUCGUCCCGUGGAAGUCGAUGGUGGCCGUCGGGUUGGGCGAGGAGGAAGCGUAG